CUGGUAGGGGAUCUCUGAGGGUCAAAGAUUUACGGGCUAGGAAGAACGGGGACAUCCAGCAUGCCCCAUCACUUGGGAGCGUGGAAGCAGAGGACACGCAAUAAACGCGUCUUCCCGGCCAGUGGUGGAGGAAAGGUAUUGGUACCGGGGGCGCAGAGGACGUCAAGGGAGCAGCGGCGCUUGCGCGUUCUGAACGGGAGAAAGCAAAGCUGUGGAGAGCGUCAGCGGGGCGCGCGCAAGGGAAUCAGCAGCGCAUGCGCAGGGAAACGGCGGGAAAGCCCUCUCGUGAUCCUGGUGAGCUUGAGGAGCGUGCGCAUCCGACGAGGCCGGAAGAGGCCAGAGGAGGUUGCUGGGCGUUGCAGUCGAUAUUUCUUCACUGUCAUUUAAGUCACUCUGAUCAGACUGAAGACCCGAUGGUGACAACCCCAGACCAGCCGCACCACCAGCCUGUUGGGAACCACGACUUGUUUCCUGCUCUUGGAGGAACUCCAGCCCCCUCUUCGCCUUUUCGGAGGCUCUAGUUCUGAGGAAGGAAGUAAACGAGGGAAUGGGCGACCGUGAGGGAAGAGGAGAGGAGCUGCGGGGGGCGGGCAGGGCGGCCCGCGAGGGAGCAGCGGGGCCCGCGCUGCAAGCUUCCCGAGCGGGCGGUUGGCCGGACGCGGCUCUCACUCAAGGGUUAAACUGGCCAAUUUGCCAGAAAACACUUUGGAAGGGCUGCUCUUCUUGAAUGUGGUGAAGGAUGGAGACUCUGGUUGGCAGAGGGCCUGCCUCCCAUGCGCAGGGCCCGGGCUCAGCCCCCAGCACCACGAGGGAAUGACGACCCCACGGCGAGUCUGUCUCCCACGUGUGCACCUGGCCUUGAGGGGCGGAGUCAGGGGUCGGUUAACCACGCGGUGCACUCUGAGAAGCAGAAAUACUUUGAGGUAUGUUCCGUUUCAGCUGCUGGCAAAUAUCUCGGAGCAGUGAAGAUUUAUGCCUCUAGCUCAAUUCUUGCCCAUUGUCUUAUAGACUUUUGAAGCCAUCCAAAGGUCAGAGUGGCGGGAGCAUAGCAAGCAGAGAUGAGAGUGGCCCCAGUUUUGAGGUCUACUCAGAAAGGUGAACGUUCUGUUGAAGAAGCUAGAGAUGCUCGUGAGACUCUUCCUGGGAUGGAGGUAGAGGCCCACACUUCAGUAUCCUUGCUGGAAACAACCUCAUCUACUUUGACAAAGCUUACUGAUGGUGUCCCAGAAAGCCAUAUUUUGGAAAGCAAGGACCCAGUCACCUGGUCUUCUGCAGCCUCUAUUUCAGAGUUUCAGGAUUUGGCAACCCGGACUGCAAAGGCUGAGGCCUGGGAGACCCAUGCUUUUGAGGCUCAGACCAGGGCCAACAGCCAACCCAAGCAAAAUAUUGUAUCAGAUGUGACAGCUACCUCAGUCAUGAAGCAGAAACACUCGAAGGAAAAGGUGGAAGUGACAGAGAAGGAAGGUACCUUCCUUGUGCGUCCACUCUGGCCCCAAAAAUUUUAUUAUAUUCUGACCUUGGUGGGCUACUCUUUGAGGCCAACCCAGCUCUGGAACUUUGUCUACCUCUGGAUUCACAAAGGAGGCUGUAGCUUCUUCAUGAUCUAUAUCAUCAUUCUGGUCUUUGUUGGGAUUCCUCUCCUUUUCCUGGAGAUGGCAGUUGGCCAGAUGCUGCAGCAGGGUAGCCUGGAUUUGUGGAAGAUCAUUGGCCCCUGGGCUGGUGGAGUGGGGUACAUCAGCUUCAUGGUGAGGAGCACUGGGAUGCUGAGGCCUACCUUAAUACCCCACCCACAUCCCAACGUCCAUGGGUCAAGUCCCUUCUGUCCCUCAGCGCUCUGUCAGAUCCCUUCCUUUUUCCUGUCCCUAGUCUUCCUCCCCAGCCACUUCCUCCCUGGUCUCCAGGUGUGCUUCAUCACCAGUAUAUACACGAAUGUGUUCAAUUCUUGGAUCCUCUUCUACUUGAGCCACUUCUUCCAGUUCCCUGUUCCAUGGGAGAAAUGUCCCUUAUUGAAGAAUGCCAGUGACUUUGAUCCAGCCUGUGCACGGACGACACCCUCCAUCUACUUCUGGUACCAGCAGACCUUGAAGGCUUCAGACAGAAUUGAGGAUGGUGGGCUACCGGUCUUAAGUCUGAGCCUUCCCUUAUUUGUGUCCUGGUGUCUCAUUGGUGUUUUUAUCAUCAAUGGACUCCAGUCCAUUGGGAAGGUAAUGUAUGUCUUGGUACUACUUCCCUAUUUCAUCCUCUUCUGUUUCCUUAUCCGGAGUCUACUGCUGGAAGGGGCAAUAUAUGGCCUUCAACAUUUGCUGGUUGCCAAGGUGUCAGCUUUGUACAACGUAAAUGUGUGGUCAAGAGCAGGGAGCCAAGUUGUGUUUCAGCUGGGCCUAGGCUUUGGCCCCAUUGUCUCCUUAGCCUCGCACAUGCCCCAGUCCAACAACUGUGUCAUGGAUACCUUCAUCAUGGCUGUGGUCAUCAUGGUCACCUUAUUGCUUUUUACAACUUUCAUCCUCUCAGUGCUGGGCUUCUGGGCUACGGUCCUCACAUACCGCUGCAAUGAGAAGAAUGUGGAAACACUCAUAAAGCUGAUAAACCUUGGGAAACUGCCUCCUGAUGCUUAUCCCCCUGCUGAUCUGCGGGAAAACCCAACCUCCAUCUAUAACACCUGGCUCAACAGCCUUCCCCAGGAUAUCAAGAACAUGGUCCUCAGCUACAUACCUGAAUGCAACAUACAGGAUCAGUUUUUGCAGAUUAAGGAUAGCCAAAGCUUUUCAUUCCUGAUCUUUGCUGAAUACACCUCAUUUCUUCCCUGGUCUGCCCUCUGGUCUCUCCUCUUCUUUCUGUUGUUGCUGUUCAGAGAGCUGGGCAUCAUGGUAGGAUUCAUGCAGGGCAUCAUUCUCCCACUCCAGGACACCUUCUCUUCCCUCAGAAAACAUACAACACUGCUCACAGGUACUCUGACCUCUGUUCCUAUUCCCACCCAUGGCCCUAACUCCACUGAGACUCUUACCCUGACCUCCAUUUAGCCCUUGUCAUCUAGCUAGACGUUUGAUCUUGAUGCAGACUCAAUGUUUUCUCCAGUGGGUAUCAUUAUGCUCUUGUACCUGUGUGGCCUCUUCUUCACUCGACCUUCAGGCAUCUACUUCAUGAGACUGCUGAAUGAAUACUGGAUAGUACUCCCCAUCUUCUUCAUCAUCAUAUGUGAAAACAUUACUGUAGCCUGGGCUUAUGGGGCCAAGAGGUGAUGUCCUAGGCCCAGGCUCCCAUACAGCAUGGGUUUGUAGGGAAGGUGGACCCUUCCUGGUUGCCUCAGCUCUCACCCAACUAGAGUGACAUGGGGAUCCUUAAUUUCAAGGUCUUCUGAGAAAUCUUCUGUUCUUUUUUAAUUUAAUAUACCUUUUGCAUGCUUCAUAUGCACCAGACACUGUUUUAGUUACCAGGGAUAUGCAUUGAAUUCCUAUCCUCACAAAACUUACAUUCUAGUGGUGUAGAUAGGCGAUAAACAAAUUAGUUACAAAUAAGAUAGUAAAAAUAAGUGACAGGAGAAAAUUAUAAAGGGUAAGGUAAGAUGAUCCAGAGUAGGAGUGCAUGUAAGCAUGAUUCAGAUAGGAUUACCAGGAAGGACUUUCUCUUCCCUGGAAUGUAAGAUGACAUGCAAGCAGACUACUGAGUGAAAUGAGGAAGGGAACCAUGACAAGGUUUUGAGAAAGAGUAUUCUAGGCAGGGAAACAUUAAAUACCAAUGCCGGAAUAUGCAUCAUGCUUGGAAUUUUUAAAGAACAAGGAAGUCAAGAGAGGCUAGAAUAGAAUGUUAAGAGAUGAGGGGAGGUAACAGGAGCCAGAUUAUGAGGACCUUAUAAGCCAUGACAGGACCUAAUAUUUUAUGCAGAAUAAAAUAUGAAGCAUUGAGAGGUUUUGAAUAGGACAGUUUCAUCAUAUUUAUUUUUUAACAAGAUAUCUAUGGCUGGUAUGGUGGCACAUACCUGUAAUUCCAGCAACUUGGGAGACUGAGGCAGGAGGAUUGCAAGUUCAAGAACAACUUCAGCAACUUAGUGAGGUCCUAAGCAACUUAUCAAGAUCCUGUCUCAAAAUAAAAAGCCAAAAGGACUGGGGAUGUGACUUCAUGGUUAAUUGUCCCUGGGUUCAAUCCCUGGUACAAAAAAACAUAAAAGGAUAAAAAAUAAAUAAAAAGAUAUAUGUAAUUAUAUAGGAGGAUAGACUGAAUAGUCAUGUAUAAAACUAGAACUGGGAGCUAUAUAAUAUUCCAAAUAAGAGCUAAUAAUGGCUUGGGUUAGGGUGGUAAAGCUGUAGUUUGAGAGAAGUGGUCUGAUUUUGGAAGCCUGACUGGGCCACCACACUUUUUUUUGUCCU